AAUGAACCUGUUCCAGAAACGGUUGCGCAAUUGGCCCAAGAAGUUUAUAAUAAUGAUAUUUUACACUUAUUAGUAUUAAAUAUUUGGAGAUUUGAAUUUGAGGCAAAGAAAGAUGUGUCACAAGUUUUUAAUAAUCUUUUAAAAAGACAAAUUGGUUCUUUAACACCAACUGUUGAUUAUUUAAGAAAUCGAGAAGACAUACUUUUUGUUCUACUUAAAGGAUAUGAAAAUCCAGAAAUAGCUCUUAAUUGUGGAAUGAUUCUUCGAGAAUGUCUCCGACAUGAGUCCUUAACAAAAAUUAUUUUAUAUUCUCCACAAUUUUAUAAUUUCUUUGAGUAUAUAGAAACAAGUACUUUUGAUAUCGCAAGUGAUGCAUUUGCUACAUUCAAGGGAAUAUUAACACAACAUAAACCAUUAGUUGCUGAAUUUUUGGACGCAAAUUAUGAUCAG